AUGCACACCGUGAUGCUCACCAGUGGGCAGCAGAAGCUGUACGAGGCCGUGCAGAAGAAGGAGCUGGAUCGAGUUCUUGGAGCUGCAGAGGAGCGGUUGCGCCUGGAACAGCUGGGGAGCGACACUGCCGAGGAGGCCACCAGCUCAGCGACAAUCCCGGCAUCGGUGCGGGCAAAGGAGGUGCUGAGUACGCUGCAUGCCCUGCAGCAAAUCUGCAACCAUCCACAGGCACUCGGAAGUAAACAUUGGCCACCCGAGCUGUCACGCCAGGCGCCUGAAUUCAGCAAGAGUCCAGAGAACAGCGGAAAGAUGGCCAGGUUGUUGGCACUUCUCGAAGAGGCUCUGUCGCCUCGGGAUGCAGGCCGCGAAGGAGAGAAGGUCCUCAUCUUCACCCAGUAUGUGCACACCGUCCAGCUCCUACAGUGGACCAUCGAGAAAGCCUUUCCAAGUACCAAGGCAUUGGCCAUCCACGGAGGCCUUGGACUCAUUGAGCGAGAGGAGCAGAUUCAGCGAUUCAAGUCUGAGCCCAGGUGUUCCGUGCUGAUCAUGACCUUGGGGACGGGCGGAGUGGGUCUGAAUCUCGCUGUCGCCUCCCAUGUUGUGCACUACGAUCGCUGCUGGAAUCCUGCCAAAGAAAACCAGGCAACCGACCGUGCACAUCGCAUUGGACAGAACCGCACCGUGGUGGUACAUCGCCUGGUCUCCCAAGGGACAUUGGAGGAGCGGCUGGCAGAGGAACUGCGACGCAAAUCGCAGCUGGCACAGGAGGUCAUCCCUUCUGAUGUCACACCGACGGACAUCGCCACCUUCUCGGUGCAGGAGCUGAUGGACCUUCUGAAGAUGGGACUGCAACAUUCGGAGGCGCCUCCGGAUACCCGAAGCCAGUGA